AUGGCCUCCCUCGUAGAGUUGAAACCCACAGCAGAGAACAGUAAGUUCUCCCAAGAUAUACAAACAGAGAAGAAGCUCAGAAAAGUGCCAACCUUAUGUUCCACUCGCUAUGGAAUAGCAUUCAUCAUACAUUUCUGCAAUUUCACAUUGAAGGCACAAAGUGUUAUCUUGAACAUUACCAUGGUAACUAUGGUCAACAGUAAUCGAUCCCAGAUGAAUGGCUCUGCUAAAAGACUCCCUGUUGACUUAUUGGAUGGCCUAAAUGAUACUGUAAAGAGUUUUCCUAUGAGGGUCUCAGAGUAUGACUGGAGCCCUCAAAUCCAGGGUAUCCUCUUUGCUUCUGUCAACUACGGCAUGAUUCUGACACUGGCUCCCAGUGGAUACCUGGCUGGAAGAGUAGGGACAAAGCGAGUGUUUGGAGUGUCUCUGUUUGUGUCCUCACUUCUCACGCUCUUCACUCCUCUAGCAGCUGACCUUGGACUAAUCUUCCUCAUUACAACUCGAAUAGUCCAGGGCAUAAGCCAGGGGUCAGCAUUUGGGGGACAAUUUGCACUUUGGGAGAAAUGGGGACCUCCGUGUGAGCGGAGCCGACUCUGCACCAUUGCCUUAUCAGGGAUGCCACUGGGGAUCUCCAUUGCCAUCCUUUUGGGUGGUGUCAUCAGUCAAGCCCUAGGGUGGCCUUUUGCUUUCUACAUCUUUGGAAGCCUUGGUUGCGUGUGCUGCAUUCUCUGGUUUGUUCUUGUUUAUGAUGACCCUGCAUCUCACCCAUGGAUAAGUGUCACAGAAAAAGAAUAUAUCAGAUCCUCCAUGACACAACAGGUCAGCUUUUCUAAACCAUGUCUUCCUGUGAAAGCCAUACUCAGAUCUCUACCUUUUUGGUCUAUGUGCCUUUGUGGUUUCAGCCAUCAAUGGUUUGUUAACACAUUGGUGGCAUACACUCCAACUUACAUCAGCUCCGUGUUCAAUGUUAACAUCAGAGAGAAUGGAUUCCUGUCAGCCCUUCCUUUUCUUGCUGCCUGGGUCGUUGGUGUCCUGGGAGGCCAACUGACAGAUUUCCUUCUGACCAAGAAUUUUAGGCUUGUUACAGUGAGGAAACUUGCCACAGUUCUAGGAACCUUCCCCCCGUCAGCAUUCCUUGUGGGCCUGCCCUACCUCACCUCCAGCUACAUCACGUCAAUAGCCCUUCUGACAAUUGCUUGUGGACUAUGUCCGUUUUGUCAGUCAGGGAUCUAUAUCAAUGCCUUAGAUAUCGCUCCAAGACAUGCCAGUUUCCUCAUGGGAGCCUCAAGGGGAUUUGCACAAGCAGCAGCUAUCCUGUCACCCACUGUCUGUGGAUUUAUCCUCACUCAGGACCUUGAAUAUGGAUGGAAGAAUGUCUUCUUGUUGGCAUUUGCCAUUAACCUAGCAGGACUAAUCUUCUACCUCAUAUUUGGAAAAGCAGAUGUCCAAGACUGGGCUAAAGAGAGGAAACUGACUCGUUUAUAA